AUGGCGUGGCGCGUGCACAUCCUGCCUGGCGACCACCUCGACCAGUUUGUCUCCGACGACGCGUCCGACUACGAGAUACCGAAAGCUCGCAAGGAGCUGCUGCGCAAGCGCGCGCGCCGCAACACGCGACCAUGGCAACCGCAUCCUCUGACAGCAUCCUCGCAGCAGGCGCAGCCGCGGGAAUUUGAGGAUGCUUCGCCCGGAGCAACGCGCAGCUUCGUGCACCCGCGGCCGUGGCUCGAGAAGCCGCGCGAACCGCAUCCUCCGGCAGCAGCAUCCUCGCAGUCGCGGCUGCAGCAUCCUCCGGCGACGGCGGCGGCAGCGUCGCAAACCGAACCGAGAGAAUUGUCGAGGCGACGGCGACCGCAUCCCGCCGCCGCCGCGGUGGAAACGCCGUGGACCACAUUCCGUGUAGGCCUAUUCUCAGGAAUCGUUCUUGUGCUGUCUAUAUCUAUUGUUUUGUCAGCCUUAUUCGUCGAGGUGCCGACCGACUGGCGGCCGGCGCUGCGGAUGUACCGAGGAGCGUUCCUCGUCGUCCUCUUCUGCUUCCUGCUCAGCGUGAACACGUACGGCUGGAGGUCGUCCGGGGUCAACCACGUGCUGAUCUUCGAGCUCGACCCGCGCGACAACCUCGACCACCAGCAGCUGUCCGAGGUGGCGUCAUUCCUGAUGAUGGUCUGGUGUCUGAGCGGCCUCAGCUACAUGUACGGCGAUAUCAUCAUGAUCAAGAGUCUAGUACAGCCGCUGGUGCUAAUCCUCUUCAUGAUCACAUUCCUACUGAAUCCAUUCAAGUGCUUCUACCAUAGUGCCAGGUUCUGGCUGCUCAAAGUUAUUUGGCGGAUCGUGACGGCGCCGUUCCACCACGUCGGCUUUGCGGACUUCUGGCUCGCCGACCAGCUAAACAGCCUAACAGCAGUUAUCAUCGACAUGCAGUACUUCGUCUGCUUUUAUGCAUUCAGCUUCGACUGGAGCUCGUUCACCGCGUCGGGCAGCACCGAGUUCAAGUCGGACGUGUGCAUGUCGAACAUCUACGGCCUGCGACCGCUCAUCUCGUGCCUGCCCGCCUGGUGGCGCUUCGUGCAGUGCCUGCGCCGCUACCGUGACACGCGACUAGCAUUCCCUCAUCUCGCCAACGCCGGCAAAUACUCGACGACCUUCUUCGUCGUCCUGUUUUCUUCGCUACACAAGUGGCAAAAAGGCUUGCAGUCGUAUUACUACUUUGCUGUGAUAGAGGAUCUGAUCUUGCGACUGUCAUGGACAACGAAUCUAGUCAACUGGCAGCUCGUGGAUGAGGAUGUUCUCAUGACGCUGCUAGCGCUGUUAGAAGUCAGCAGGCGGUUUAUAUGGAACUUCUUUCGGCUGGAGAACGAGCAUCUGAACAACUGCGGUCAGUUCCGCGCCGUUCGCGACAUCUCGGUGGCGCCACUGUCGACGAACGACCUCUACAUGAUCCUGCACAUGAUGGACGAACCGGACGGCGUCGUGCACCGCCGCAAGAACCGCCUCAAAAACAAGUUCGGAAAGUCGCUCAAGAAGGCCGACACGAAGCUAUGGCUUUCUCGACGCCGAGUCCUGAUUGGUGGAGAGGGAAAAGCGAAGACACGCGGCGUGCGAUUCCGCGAGCGAGUAUCGCUACGGAUCGACGCGGGAGGGACGGGACGCAGCGCGGCAUGUGUUCGGCUUACUACGCAAGCGAAGACAAGUCGUCACUGUCCCGCGGCGAUCACAAGAAAGAGAGAGAGA